CUCAGUGGAGGCUAACUCAUUCGCCAUGGAUCACGUUAAACUCGUUAAUAACCCCAUUGACAUCGCCCAUAUCCAUCAAUUGCUGGCUGAUGAAGGCUGCGGAGCUUCAUCGGUUUUUGUGGGCACAACGCGCGACAAUUUUCAGGGCAAAAAGGUGGUGUCAUUGGCGUACGAGGCCUACGAUAACAUGGCCCUUAAGGAAAUGAAAAAAAUAUGCUCUGAUCUUCGAUCAAAAUGGCCUGAGCUGAAGCACAUUGUUAUAUAUCACCGAUUAGGAACAGUGCCCGUUUGCGAGGCCAGUGUAGUUAUAGCCGCCUCAUCGCCACACCGAUCAGAGGCCUUAGAAUCAGUAUCGUUUGCAAUAGACCAGCUCAAGACCCGGGUUCCCAUCUGGAAAAAGGAAAUUUACGAGGGCGACCACGACAGUGAGUGGAAGGAGAACAAGGAGUCAAUCAGGCCCAAGAAAUCUCUAAGUGCCUUUAACUACGCAGCGUGUCCCUGCAAAGUGGAGGAGUCACAUGACGUUCCACGAACUCUGGUGCAAAUUAGAGUUAAUGACGCCGAGUUAGCCAAGCGUUUAGAAUGUUUUGUCAACAGAAAACGAGCCGAGAUCAACUCGCAAAAUGUAAUUGACUUCAAGUCGUCUUUUGCUGACUCAGAGAAUGACUUGAGUGAUUCCUGCGCUCGUACACAGAGCACAAUUAUAAAGCAGGAGCAGUCGAAUUGUCAUUUAAAAGUCCGACGGGUAAACAAUCGCUGUGGUCCCCAACAAAUGGAGUUGCGGCCUAACUACGAGCUUGAACUGAAUAAACUAAUGGGAUCGCGUGACGGCCAAAGCGACCCAUCCAAAGAAAUGAGAAAAUCGCUGCCCAAUUCGCGUCUACAGGCAAUUGAAUCAUACAUGGGCUUAAGUACCGAUAACGAGGAAAACAUUUUCACGAGAAUAAAAAAGGUGGAAAAUAGAAUGCUGCAGCUGGAGUCCAUUUCACCAGAGUAUAGACACUUUACAAAUCUGGAGCCGCAAUCUAUGGAACCCCCGCUGCCCAAAAAGAUCAGAAAGAAAUCAUACUCUGCCCACGAACUAAGUGUGUUCAUUCAAAAGAUGAAGGAUGGCAGGGAAAUGAACGAAUAAUAAAUCCAUAUUUGCACAUAAAAUAAACAUUACCAUAAUAA